GGCUUCGCCCUGGUAGCUCCUGUCCUGAGUCAGAUUGCGGUCGCCCUCGGCCCAACCAACAGCAUAAUCUGGCUAUCCCUCGUCUAUACCAUUGGUCUGGCUGUCGGACUCACGCUCGUCGGCCGUCUGUCCGACAUCUUCGGGCGCCGCUGGUUCUUCAUCGUCGGAACGGCAUUAGGCUGUCUUGGGGCCAUCGUUUGUUCCACGGCGAAGACGGUUCCGGUUCUCAUCGGUGGCCAAGUCCUAAUCGGUCUCUCCGCAUCGACAGGAUACUCCUACGCCUUCAUCAUCGGAGAGUUGGUUCCCGUCAAGUACAGGUUCAUGUUCAACGCACUCAUCUUCGUGUUCUCGUUUCCGACUGCGGGAUUCGGCGCUGCGAUAUCGACGGCUUUCAUCCUGCACACGAAAGCCGGGUGGCGAUGGGUGUACUACCUGCUCAUCAUCCUCAACGGCCUGACCACGAUUCUCUAUGCGGUCUUUUACUUCCCGCCGACCUUCCACCAGAAGCAUGGCCGCGAUACCGUCAUGAAGUGGCUCAAGCACUUCGAUUAUGUCGGACUGGUCCUGUACACCGCGGGCCUCGUCCUCUUCAUCCUCGGACUAUCCUCCGGAGGCUCGCUGUACCCCUGGAGCAACGCGAAGGUUAUUGCACCUAUCGUGGUUGGGUUCCUGUGUAUUGUGGCGCUCUUCCUAUAUGAAUCCUUCAUGGACCUGAAGGAGCCUCUCAUUCCGAUGCACCUCUUCAAGCAUCGCGGGUGGGUAGCGUCGAUGCUGAGUUUGUCUUUGGGCGCUUCGGUGUACUACUCUCAAGCCAUCAUUUGGCCUGAGAUGACGGUCAAUGUCUAUGCGCAUGGGCGCGUAAUGUGGGGUGGCAUCGUGUCCUGCCUCGUAGGCAUCGGCAUCACGCUCGGAGAGAUUAUCGGGGGCGGAGUCGCAAAGAAUUUCGGCCAUUGGAAAGUGCAGUGCUUCUGUGUCAUAACACUCGGCACUCUCUUUCUAGGCCUCGGGGCGCUAUGUAACCCCAACACGCCGAAGACGGCCAUCGCCUUGGUCUUCAUAGCUACGACGUUCGUCGGCUGGAACGAGGCACUCGUUUUGCCGAUUUGCACCAUCGCCAUCCGUGACCAGGAAGAGAUUGGCACGGCCGCCGGCAUCGCAGGAUCCAGCCGGUCAUUUAUCUCGACAAUAGCAUCGACGAUAUACUCUGUCGUACUUACGCAACGUGUGACGAAGACGUUAAGUACCGAAGUUCCAGCUGCAGUCGUCCAAGCUGGUCUGCCAGCAUCGUCAGUCGCAGACUACAUGGCCGCGAUUGCCGCUGGUGGAACGCAGUCGUUGCUCGAUGCUGUCAAUGGCUUGACUCCGCAGAUCAUUGCUACAGGUGCAGAGGCGUACAGAUUCGCGUAUGCCGACGCAUAUCGGACCAUUUUCCUGGUGUCGCUUGCGUUUGGUGGUUUGGCGAUUAUCGCUAGCUUGUUCAUUCCUGAUAUCGAUUCGUUGAUGGGUGAAAAGGUGGCCGCAACGCUGAAAGGAAGGGACAAGAAUAGCGACGAUCUGAAGGUUUGA